AUGGGUAUCGACGAGUUAGCUGCCGUAUGCCGAGAAGAGGACGUCAACGAGCACAAGCUCCACUGGCCUAUCUUCGGCCUCGUGAGCCUCGACGUCGAUGUCGCUGCAGCUGCAGCUGUAGUCGACUCCUUACAAGAUCCCAAGGAUGUGACCAUCGGCUUCUUGGCUUCGAGACAAGGAAAAUUAGAGGUGCAAGACUGCGGCGACAGCGCAAGUCAACGAGCGACUCUGAUCGAAGCCGUCGCCCGUCUUUGGCUUCGUCAUUUCUCGUCUGUCGGGGAAAGAACGUCGACAAGCGUCGCAUUGAGCCAGCUCCGAGCCAAGCUGACGGCGCUUCCUACGCUCCAGGCUCAUGAGGAGCUUGUAAAGUUACCAUGCGACAUCUUCCCGUUCACCCAGGCUCACUUCAGCAACUCGAACGAUGCCGAAAGAUCAGUCGCGUCCUCCUGCUUGCAAGGCGUCGAUGACCUGCUUCCAACGUUGCACCUGUACCUUGGCCCAUCGUAUCCGUCGUUCACCACCGUCGACGUAUUUGGCACGACUAUCAACUUCUGGUUCCCUGGCGAGGAGCACAGUGGCCACCUGCGUAUCUAUGCAUCGCCGCCUCUAGCUUUCAAAACGUACAAAAUGGACGUCAUCGACCUUGCUCAAAGGCGCUGCGUCGCCAUCUUCACAGUUGCUCGGUCCCUCGUCGACCAUGACCUCUUCUCGUUUUCCUCAAUCAACCCUGUCGGAACUUCAGAAGGUGACGAUGAUGCCGCCACAGCUGAACGAUGGCUCGUGCACGGCCAGCAAGACGUCGUCUGUCGUGUUGCUCAGCUCUCGGGUGGUGACGAGAGAUGGUGGAAGUUUCAACUGUACUUUGACCAUUUGGAGGCACAGCUACGCAGAAGAAGACUGCAAAAAGGGGAUGGAGCCAAGAGUAGUAGAACGAUCGUUCAGAGAAUGCUCGAAGAGGAGAUUGUGAACCACGCCAGUCUCAUUGCAGCGCGACUAUGUGACAAGCAGGAUUGGGUAAGCUCUGGUUUGCAGCAGGACGUGCACCGGCUCCUCAACGACGUGCGCGAGGGAAGGACAAGUCAUGUAGCCUUGUAA